ACCGGCUUUCGGUGGAAUUUUCUAAGUACUUAAAUUUUAUAUUUUUCCUAUUAGAGAAACAGAAAGUAUGGGAAACAUUUACAAUUUUCUGCUGCAAAUUUAUCAAUAUUGAUCUUGAAACUCUAUUCUCUUGAUUUAUUCCAUACUUAGUUAAUUUCGUUUUGGUUUGAAGGCGGGAUUGCGUUGAAAGAUUGAUACAACAGGAGUAAAUUUUUCUUCAGUUGGUUAAUAUCUGCGUUUCAAUAUAGUUAUUGCUUAAAAAGUAUUGGAAAAUGGCAGAGAAUAAAAGUUAUGAAGAUAUUGUAGCUAAUCAGCGGAAAGAAAAAAAGGAUUUGCAAGCCUUAACACAAAACAUGAAGCAUUCUGUUCCAAAAGGAGAUAAGAAGAAAAAGAAGGAAAUAACUGCACAAAUUGCUCAAAUGCUUGCGGAUUUAGACCUUAAGCAUGAGGAAGAACUAAAAGUAUUUGAACAGGCUGCUGCUUCAGAAAAUAUUGAGAAAGUGGAAGAUUUUAAAGAUGGCAAUAAAGAGAGCCUUUCUGUAGAGGAACCUACAAAGUCAAACAUUGAUGUUACAGAUGAAGAUGAUACAGAUUUAGCUACAAAAGUUGAACCAAAACAAAAGUUGAGUAAAGCCCAAAAAAGGAGGAACAAAAAGGCAGAGAUGGAGCGCCAAAGAAUUAAAGCAAUUGAAGAACAAGAGGUUGCUAAUUUGAGUGGUAUGCGUAACGUGGAAGCAGAAGAAAUAAAACAGAAAUUAUCUGACAGGAAACUGAUUAUACAUGAGAUUCCAUCUGAUGGUGACUGUCUGUACACAGCUAUUGCACACCAACUUGCAGUGUCAAAACUACAACAAUUAACCGUGAAAGAACUUCGUGAACAAACGUCUAAGUUUUUGCUGUGUCACAAAGAUGAUUAUAUUCCAUUUCUUACUUCUUCUGAAACUGGAGAUGUGCUAUCAGAAGAUGAAUAUAUUAAGUAUUGUGAGGAUGUAGCAAAUACUUCUGUGUGGGGUGGUCAUGUUGAAAUACAAGCACUCUCUAAUAUCUGUGGUUCUCCUAUUGAGAUAAUUCAGGCAACUGGACCUAGUGUUAUUAUUGGGGAAGAAAUGAAGAAUUCUAGAUUAAUUAUAAGUUAUCAUAAGCAUAUAUAUGGACUUGGUGCACAUUAUAAUUCUGUUGUACCUGCCAGUUCUGAAACUACAGAUUGAGAGAAGAAAUGCAUAGAUUGAGAUACGUUGUUAAAGUUCCUUUCUUAAAAGACUUUAUUUAUAAAGAACAAUUGCAGAAACAUUUGUAAAUGCAUGAGCAUAUUUUUACCCAUGUGUACCUAUAAUGGGCAGUAAGCGAUUUUAACUAUCAUAUGCUUCCUCAUUAAAAAUAUAAUUUUGAGAAUAGUAUAAAAAAUUUUGUAUUUUAUGAAAAAAUUAUUUGCAUGCAUCAAAGGUUUUUUUUUUUUUUUUUGAAGAUGAAGUGGUUAAGUUUAUUACAAUAGUUUAGUCUAAUUUCUCAUCAUUUUGAAACAUAAAUGUUACAUUUGUUAGAAUAUUGUACCUGAUGUUUUGAAUGUCUUUUUUUUUUUGUAUUAUUCAAUGUCUUAUUUUCAAAGAAACAUAAUUGUUCACUGUAUUUGCAAUGUUGUGACUACACUGUUAAGUCUAUUAAAUAUAUUUUUAAUUUUACUGAAAUGUCUAAUAGUGAAGAAGUUUAUUUUUGCCAAAAAUUUACCUGCAAAAGUUUAUUGCUACUGUUAACUUUGGAUAAAAUGUAAAUUUAAUGAAUGUUGCAAAAAAAAAAAAAAAAUGAAACAAGCAUUUUGAAGUUUAUAAAUAUCAAGGUGGCAUAAAAAAUAUGAAUGUUGUUGGCGUUAAAUGUUCAUGAAGUUUUAAUAAAG